GCAGUGUACGUAGGAAUCGAAUGGUAGUUUGGAAUCGGAAGUUCAAUCUACAACUCCAUCUGACUUCAAUGGGACCGGCUCGAGGCCUUGUUCACAGCAGCAGUAGAAAGAGAGACAAUGGCUUAAUUAUCACGACAAUUAUUCGUAAUUAACCGUGGAUGCGGCUACACUGCCUCGCAUUGACCAAACAUUAAUGCAAUAGAUGAGCGGCGAAAGAGAAAGCAACCCCUUCUCGGACUCGCGUGCCUCCUUCGGCCUCCGGGACAUCUCGCCUGUGUUAUGGCCGGAGGCAAGGUUUGCCAGAACUGCGGCUGCAGUGACAUCGAGACAGACUCUGCUCGCGGAGAUGCUGUCUGCACGGCGUGUGGCUCGGUGCUUGAGGACAACAUCAUCGUGUCCGAGGUACAAUUCCAGGAGGGCGGUGGCGGAGCGUCGUCAGUCGUCGGGCAGUUCGUCUCAUCGGAAGGUCCAGGCAAAGCACCCUCAUUUGGCACGGGCCUCUACACUGGCCUUGGAAAAGAGUCUCGUGCACUUACGCUACAGAAUGGUCGGAGGCACAUAACCCAGCUGGGUAGCCAGCUGCAGCUGAAUCAACAUUGCCUGGACACGGCAUUCAACUUCUUCAAGAUGGCAGUGAGCAAGCGGCUUACGCGUGGUCGCAAGAUGACCCACGUGGUGGCAGCUUGCUUGUAUCUGGUGUGCCGCACAGAGAGCACACCACAUAUGUUGCUGGAUUUCAGUGACCUCUUACAAGUAAAUGUUUAUGUCCUUGGAAAAACAUUCCUUCUUUUGGCAAGAUCCCUGUGCAUCAAUGCCCCGGCGAUAGACCCUUGCCUGUACAUUCCGCGGUUUGCCCACAUGCUGGAGUUUGGAGACAAGACGCACGAGGUGUCCAUGACGGCCAUGCGCCUGGUCGCGCGAAUGAAGCGCGACUGGAUGCACACGGGACGCCGCCCCUCGGGCCUCUGCGGAGCUGCAUUGCUGGUCGCAUCACGCAUGCAUGACUUUAGACGGACCGUAAAGGAAGUAAUUCGAGUGGUGAAAGUGUGCGAGUCGACCUUAAGGAAAAGGCUCACGGAGUUUGAGGAUACGCCCACAAGCCAGCUGACGAUCGAUGAGUUCAUGCGCAUUGACCUGGAGGCGGAGUGCGACCCACCCUCGUUCAUCAGCGGCAAACGCAAGGCCAAAGUGCAGCAGAUGGACCUGGAAGUAUCAAAGCAAGAACUCGAUGAAUAUGAAGAGGAGAUCAGCUCUUUCCAGCAGGAGAUUGAGACCGAGCUUGAGUCACGAAGGCCCAAGCUGAGGGGACUUUAUGCCAGCUUGCUCAAGGAAGUGUGCAGCGACAGCAAGGACGACUUGAUGCCUGACCUCGAGGAGGACAAAGAGGGCGACGGCCAGGACGAGGACGAUCUCAUGCUGAUGGACGCCAACCUGCCGCUGGGCACGGACGACAUCGAGUCGGAGAUAAGCAGCGACCGCGAGCCCUCGGAGCCGCUGGGAGAUUCGCCGUGUCCACCGCGCAGCCCCGCGCUGUGGCGCUCGCCCGGCCUGGAGGUGGACAACAGCCUGCGUGCGGUGCUGGGGCCCUUGCCCACCGCUGCCAGCCUGGGCCUCAAGGAGUCCAUCGAGGAGUGCAUGGCCAUCAAUGAGGCAGAGCCACUUGCGGAGGAGGAAGAUGGGGACUUGGACCUCACCGACAUUGAUGACUUGGAAAUUGAAGCUUACCUUUUAAGCAAGCAAGAAAUUGACAUCAAAACAGAACUCUGGAUGAAAGAGAAUGCAGCAUUUCUCCAGGAACAACAAGAAAAAGCUGACAGAGAAGCCAAAGAAAGGGAACUUGGCAUAUACAAGGAGAAGAAGCCCAAGAAGUCGGGCAAGAGGCGAGAGCCGAUCCGGGCCAGCACGGCAGGAGAGGCCAUCGAGAAGAUGCUGGCCCAGAAGAGGAUCUCCAGCAAGAUCAACUACGAGGUGCUCAAGGACCUGAACAACAAGGGGGGCGGCUCGGGUGCUUCGACGCCGCGUCGCGAUGACACUGCGGCCACCACGGCUGUACCGGCAUCGCCGCGUCCCGAGUCCCGGGACCGCAUGAGGCUGACCUCGAUCAACUCCCUGGGCAAGAGGAUAAAGCCUCUAUUGUCAUCUCAGUCAGCCAAGAAAUUCGUCCUGGAUAAGACUGCCAGCGUGUGCAAAGAACCACCGGCCGUCCCAGCGCUGGGAGGAGUUCCUGCCCUGGCCCUGACGGAAGCCUCGGGUCCGACUUCGGCAAGAGGCGCGGAUCCAGACCACGUGGCGGUGGUGGUGGAGAGCGGGCCCGUUCGGUUCCAGGCCGACGAGGAGGCGGCGGCAGCGGAAGAGGAAGAGGAGGAUGAGGAGGACGAGCCGUGCGUCAGUGCGCUCGCGCUCAUGGGACAGGCUGACUACGGUUGCGAUGACGAUGAAGAAUUUGACGACGCCUACUGAAGAAGGAUGAAGAAUUAAUUUAUUUUCAAAUCACCACGUAGCGGACUUUUUUUUAUAAACCUAAGGAUGGCUCAAGCACCGACUUUGUCUCUACAAAGGAGUGCCUGCUUUGUUUUAAAAGCGAUGACGAUUCAUGAAUUUCCAUUUGAGAAGUGCCGUUUUGGAUUGAUAUACGCGGUGCAGUGAAAACGCUGCACAAGUUGUGCUCUUUACGUGUAUAAUUACAAUCAAAUAUUGUAAAGUGCAUCAAAACUACAAUACAUUUUUGUUUAAACCAUA